CAUUAAGAUAAUUACCCUUCUAUUCCUGUAGUUGAAGUCAUUUUGCCGUAGGCUUAAAGUCUAAUACAGGAACUAUAGCAACGGUUUGUGGAUAAACAGCAAUUGCUUUUAUACAUAGUGGAUUAACCGUAGGCAACUAUAGCUGUUGUGUCAUUAGGGGGACACAGCUAAUAUGAGUGCGAAUGGCAAGAUAGUGUCCGGUGUAACCGAGAAAGUUCUCACACAUGAAGUAGGGGCGGGCGCUCCAUGUUUAAAAUGUGGUGAUAAGUGCCCGGGUCUAGAUCUACAUUUUUGGAGAAAAAUAUGUCGAAACUGCAAGUGUAAGCAAGAAGAUCAUGACGUUCUCACCUCUGUGUCAACCCGUGGUAUUGACAACAUCGGUAAGCUACUUAUGCAAGAUCAAGACGUACAACCGGAACCAACGAUAAAAUCAACAUCACCGAAAAAAUCAACAUCACCGACGAAAAAUACGGACAAACAUCACAAACCCCCAGUUGCUGCGCCGGCUACCGCGCCAAAACCGAACAGAGUUACAACUACAGCGGUUCAUGAAAUCCCCAACACCGACCAGGUCGUCCCCAACGCCGACCAGGGGUUGAAUGUAACUAUUGAUAUAGGAGGGAAAAAACACACUCUUGAUUUCGGUACGAACGACAAGCAGGUCGACGAUUCUCUUCCCUCCCCUCCGAAUGAUUUCCCUCCUCCCCCUCCCGCAUCCGAGGACCAUGCCUUCCCUGCUCCCCCGCCGAUGGAGAAUUCGGAACUACCCCCGACGGUCCCUCCUCUUCCAGAAGAGUUCCAAACGAAGGCAGUUCUUACAGAAAAAGAGCAGUCGCCUGUAAAACAAGCGACUCCUCCUCAAAGCCAAUCUCCACAGAAGAACGCACACCCAGCGGGAAAUGUAGCUGUGCUGACGACAUAUUCAAACAGCUCUUCACCAACGAAAUCGGUUGGUAAAGCAAGGAAGAGUUCAACAUCUUCCAGUGAUGACGGAGAGGUGGAAUACGAAUGGACUCCUCCGUCUUCGGAUCCAAAACUGAUCGACAGCUACGUGAGAGCCCUCCCUAAGGACAAACAGCCCAUUGUAGGCACCGCAGGAGCGAAACACAGGAAGAAACAACUGAUGAGGCAACUACCGUCUCAUGAUCAAGAGCCAAGCGAAUGUCAUGACCUUACCGAGCAAGAAACGAAAGAAAUGUCGCUUUUCGUGAAGCAGUAUAGAGAGAAGGCAUUAGGAGUCGCUAAAAUAGAAGAAAACCCAAAACUAAAGUCGUGCGCCGAGUGUCGCAACCCAUUGGACGAAGGAGACGUGGUAGUGUGGGCAGAACGUACAGGCACCGAGCGGUAUUGGCACCCGGCGUGUUUUAGCUGUUCCGAGUGCAAGGAACUGCUGGUGGAUCUUAUUUAUUUUUACCACGACGACAGGAUCUACUGUGGUCGACACUACUGCGAGUUACACAAACCACGCUGUGCCGCCUGUGACGAGCUUAUAUUCGCACCCGAGUACACGCAAGCGGAAGAUUGUUACUGGCAUCUGAAGCACUUCUGCUGCUGGCAUUGCGACCAACCUUUGGGUGGUAAGAAUUACGUUCCACACGACAACCAACCGGUCUGUAUUCCUUGCUAUGAGAAAUCGUUCGCCCACACUUGCUCAACAUGUAAUGAGAUAAUCGCACCAAACACAGAGUGGGUAACCUUCGAAGAACAUCACUGGCACGCUCACUCUGACUGCUUUAAGUGUAGCCAAUGUAGUCAAUCGCUUGUGGGAAAGCCGUGUAUUCCAAAAGGAAGCAUGGUGUUUUGCUGCAGCAAGUGCAAACGGGAAAAACUACCACCAGCCCAGUAAAACAGAUACAGAAAAAAAUGAUUGGUCAAAUUGGGACGGUGAAAAAAUACCACUGAUUUUUCUUUAUGUAAUUCUACUCGAAGGAAUUGAAAUAACCACCCGCUUGCUUGAUUGCGCAAUAUAAACUCGUGAAUGAACGUAUCCGCAUUUCAGCAUUGAACAUCAACACGCCGGCACUGCAUCGCUGUACUAAGGUAUCAGCACUUCACGUUUAAGCUGCGAUUCUUUCUUGUCUUUUCUUUCCAUCGGUCGGUGCAAUUCUUCACCCAACAUUCCGUGCUACACACUCUUUACACUUACUCGAUCUCGCCAAUAUCUCAGAUACCUUCUGUAUUCAACCAAUGCUAGUUGUAAUUCCCACAACGAUGUGUGGUUUUGCUGAUACAUGCAGUAUAGCGUCGGACUUAAUGAACACCACUUAAUUCUUACUUGACGGUUUCAAUCGCAGCUUAUUUUGACUAACUUCUAGUACAAACCGAUGUAAAAUACACUAACGGAAAUAUUAAGCACAUGCAUCCUAA